GGAACCUUCCACACCACGGAGGCAAUGAAAUAUGGGACCAAAAUGGUGGGUGGCGUGAACCCUAGGAAAAAGGGUACCAUGUGGGAAAGCCUAGACAAAAAAUACACUCUCCCCGUUUUCGGAUCAACCAUGGAAGCAAAGGAAAAGACCAACUGUUACGCAUCCGUCAUUUAUGUCCCCCCAGAGCAUGCAAAAAAUGCUAUCAUAGAAGCAGUCGAAGCUGAAAUCCCAUUAGUAGUCUGUAUAACGGAAGGCAUAUGUCAGCAUGAUAUGGUCGAAGUAAAACAUUGCCUAAAAAUGUCGAAGAAAACGAAAUUAAUUGGUCCCAACUGUCCAGGAGUAAUCAAACCAGGGGAAUGCAAAAUAGGGAUUAUGCCAUCUCAUAUUCAUAGUAAAGGGUGCGUUGGAAUUGUAAGUCGAAGUGGAACGUUGACUUACGAGGGAGUAAAUCAAACUACGAAAGUUGGGUUGGGACAAUCUACUUGCAUAGGCAUUGGUGGGGAUCCUUUCCACGGAACCAACUUUAUUGACUGUCUUCAACUUUUUUUGGAAGAUGAAGAAACGAAGUGUAUUUUACUCAUUGGGGAGAUUGGUGGGGAUGCAGAGGAGCAGGUUGCUGAGUGGUUGAUACAGAAUAAUGUAGAUGAUGGAAAGAAGAAAAAGAAACCUGUUUUUGCUUUCGUAGCAGGGAGAUGUGCUCCCCCUGGGAAGAGGAUGGGUCAUGCGGGUGCACUAAUUAGUGGUGGCAAAGGCACAGCUGACGAAAAAAUCAAGGCCUUAAAAAGUGCUGGUGUGCAUACAAUUAUGAACCCGACUUUAAUGGGGCAGGAAAUUUACUCCGUGAUGAACGGCCUCGCGUAG